UCCUUUAUCAUGGAUGAUUUAUGAAGAGUUGGCUACUUUAACUUGUACCCACCCCAAUUUACUCGUCUCUAUUUCGUUAGCGGCGAAGCUCUCUGGCAAUUUGAAAAUGGCGAUGGCCGCUCCCGAUUCACAGAGCAACAGAGCAGCAGUGCAGGCCACCAACGACGAUGCUUCCGCCAGUAAAUUGUCAUGCGUUAGAAGGGGAUACAUGAAAGACGAUUACAUACACUUUUUCGUAAGAAAACCUGUCAAGAGAUCUCCAAUUAUUAACCGAGGUUAUUUUGCCCGUUGGGCUGCUUUGAGGAAGCUCCUCUUUCAAUUCCUCAAUGUUGGAAGUAAUCCAGAGGAGCGUACGAAAAAGCAGAUAUUGUCACUUGGAGCUGGAUUUGACACAAUGUACUUCCAAUUGCAGAACGAGGGUAAUGCACCACAUUUAUAUGUAGAGUUGGAUUUUAAGGAGGUGACUAGUAAGAAAGCUGCAAUAAUUGAAGCCUGUAGUCAGCUGAGAGAAAAAAUCAGUGGAACAGUAUCUAUAUCCCAAGAAAAAGGAGAAGUCCAUAGUGAUCAUUACAAGCUACUCCCUGUUGACCUGCGUGAUAUUGAUAAAUUAAAUGAUGUAUUGGCUAUUGCUGGUAUGGAUCCCAGUUUGCCGACAUUUAUAAUUGCAGAAUGCGUUUUGAUAUACUUGGAUCCAAAUUCAAGUCGUGGUAUAGUUGGUUGGGCAUCGAAAGCAUUUUCAACAGCAAUAUUUUUCUUAUAUGAGCAGAUUCAUCCAGAUGAUGCCUUUGGCCAACAAAUGAUUAGAAAUUUGGAGAGUCGAGGCUGUGCUUUGUUGGGUAUCAAUGCUACACCAACACUACUUGAAAAGAAAAAGCUUUUUAUUGACCAAGGAUGGCAGACAGCUGCAGCAUGGGACAUGUUGAAAGUGUAUAAUAACUUGAUCGAAUCUCAGGAAAGACGAAGGAUUGAACGGCUGGAGUUAUUUGAUGAAUUUGAGGAGUGGCACAUGAUGCAGGAGCAUUACUGCGUGGCUUAUGCAAUCAAUGAUUCCCUGGUGCUUUUUGGGGAUUUCGGCUUUCCCGGGGACCAGCACGUGCUCGAUCCCCCUCCCCCACCAGCAUGAGAUGUAAAGAGCUUCCCUCAGGCAGCUGCUGCCUCAUUUUUCUGACUCAACUCUUCCAAGAUUUGUUGACGAAUUUAAUACUUGGGAAGGGAGCACGUGCUGUCCACACGUGCCACUACCUACACUAGCUGGGGAGAUUGAUUAUUUGGCAGGUAUAAACUCAAAGACAAAGGUAUCUUCUUGAGGACUUAGACUUAUAUUUUAUAUAUAUAUACAUAUAUAUCUCUUGUGGUUGAUUGAGUUGAGUUGAGCCAGCUGUUUGGCAAACACAACAAGAACAUGGUGGGCCAUUGAGUUAAAGAAUGUAGUAAUUAAUGGCCUAUUUGACUUGUGGGGACUGCCAUGUGCCAAACAUAAUUUUCAAGGUUGGUCCCUUUGCUUUA